AUGGCCGAGUCAAACAAUCCCGAGAGGAGCACAGUCCAGUCGAAAGAGGCGGCAAGUGGCGAUCGGCUGAGCCCUGCAGAGUUGAAGGCAUUCCUGACCGAGCGAUACCUCACUCCCCAUCAUCACCUCGGCCCACUAUGGUUGUCGACCCAAAUCACCCACUGGGAUGAAAACCCUCUGUUGGACUUGUGCCGGCAAGAAUCGAUCAAUGAGUUUUUGCACACUCAACCGAGCCCGAUGUCCACCCACUUGGAUUUCGUCUUCGCGGGACUCGAGGGGGACGUGGUGGAUUGUGUGGUGUCUGAGCAAUCACCCGACUCGUUUCUCACCUCCAAGACAUCCUCAUCUGUGAUCAGACAACCAGCCAAUUACACAUCUGACUUUAUUCGUGGUCGCUCUGGCAAUUUGCCUUUCCAGCCAGGUGGACUGUUGUCCUCCGUCAUAGCUGACGCCAUUUCUGAUCCAAACAUCAACGCUACCGACGAGCUCGAAAAGGAUCUCGAGGCGACGCGCGGUGGUAUUCGUACAAUUCCUCCGGGGUUCACGCGCGGUCUGGAUUUUGGAGCUCAAGGAGUGGAUGGAGCUGAGGAUGGAGUGCAAUCUUUUCCAGCCGCCAAUCUUGGCCCAGUUCAGCUAGACCCAGUCUACGUUUCCUCCUCGAGCAACGACUGGCGACGAAAGAACAAGAACGGACCUUCCUACAGUUUGCUUGCAGAUACGGCGCGAAUAGAUACUGAAGUCGAUGAACUUCUUGCAGAUACACAAUAUGCACUAACCAGUAACAUGCCAGUGAUCAAACCUCGCCGUCCCCCAGUGGUAUCGAAGCGCGAUUGGGCUCAUGUAGUCGACGUUAAUCAAGAACUGGCCAACUUCCGUCAAUUGGUACCCAUCAUGGCCCGAGAGUAUCCCUUCGAGUUGGACACUUUUCAAAAAGAAGCGAUUUAUCACCUCGAAAUGGGAGAUUCCGUCUUUGUAGCUGCUCACACUUCUGCAGGGAAAACAGUAGUGGCAGAAUAUGCUGUUGCCCUUGCGCGUCGCCACAUGACUAGGUGCAUAUACACUUCCCCAAUCAAGGCUCUGUCCAAUCAAAAGUUUCGCGAUUUCAGACAGACAUUUGAUGCAGAGACCGUUGGAAUUCUCACUGGCGAUGUUCAAGUUAACCCAGAAGCCAGCUGCCUGAUUUUGACCACGGAAAUUUUGAGAAGCAUGUUGUACAAGGGUGCUGAUCUGAUCCGUGAUGUAGAAUUUGUGGUAUUUGACGAAGUUCACUACAUCAACGAUUCUGAGCGAGGAGUCGUCUGGGAAGAAGUCAUCAUCAUGUUACCAGCUCAUGUCACCAUCAUUCUUCUAUCAGCGACAGUCCCAAACACUAAGGAAUUUGCAGACUGGGUCGGACGUACCAAACGGAAAGACAUUUAUGUCAUUAGUACACCCAAGCGACCAGUUCCACUUGAGCAUUUCCUCUACGCCAAUAAGGAAAUACACAAAAUUGUUGAUGCCAAGGGUGAAUUUCUCAGCCAAGGAUGGAAAGAUGCGAUCGAAAGUAUGAAACGUUUGCAAGUGAAAGAACGGGAAGCUUCUGGCCAGGCUCCAUUAACGAGGAUGGGCCAUGGCGCAGCCAAGCAGGGCCAACAACGUGGCCAACAACGCGGUCGCGCUGACAAGCGCGGUGGAAGGGGUUCUCAGCCAUCUAAUCACUUCUCAUCGGCUAUGAGCCGUGGAGGAGGUGGAGGCCCCAACAGCGGGCGGGGGCAUCAGGUAGACCAGAAUCGAUGGGUGCAUCUGGUCGGGAUGCUGAAGAAGAAAGAAUUGCUCCCGGUCGUCGCGUUCACUUUCUCGAAGAAACGGUGCGAAGAGAACGCGACCAGUAUGCCGAAUACUGAUCUCUGUUCGGCGAAAGAAAAGAGUGAAAUCCAUAUCGUGAUUGAGCGUAGUUUGACCAGACUAAAUGGUACCGAUAAAAAGCUUCCGCAGAUUAUCCGAAUGCGAGAUUUACUCGCUCGUGGAAUCGCUGUUCAUCAUGGUGGUCUACUCCCUAUCGUCAAGGAGGUAGUAGAAAUUCUAUUUGCUCGCGGAUUAGUGAAAAUCUUGUUUGCUACGGAGACGUUUGCGAUGGGUGUGAAUAUGCCUGCUCGUUGCGUAGUAUUCUCCGGCACUCAGAAACACGACGGUCGAUCAUUUCGCGAGCUCCUAUCUGGUGAAUAUACUCAAAUUAUGGUAUUAAACUUGUUGAGAGUUGAAGCCCUGCGAGUGGAAGAAAUGAUCAAGAGUAGUUUUUCUGAAAACGCUCAACAAAGAUUACUUCCUGACCAACAAAAGAAGAUCCUCGAGGGCGAACGUGAAUUGCUGGCAUUACCAGUUCAGGAAACUACGGAUGCAAUCGAAAAUAUAAGGCGAUACCACGAAGUUUCAAGUCGCUUAGUCGAAUUGAAUUCGCAACUUCUCGAAUUUGUGGUCAGCCAUCCUAGCGGGUCUCGCGCUCUCUGUGCAGGCAGACUCGUAAUAUUGAAUGAUAAUCAUUUCCGGCACAGCCUUGCCGCGAUUUUGAAGCCAGCCCAGUCUUUGCGUGCCAACUCCGAUGGCCGCCUGGAUCAUACCCGCAGCUUUUUUGUUUUAGCUUUUGUACCUCCUGGUAUACGCUCAAAGACUAGUGAUAUUGCAGCUGAUGAAGUUCCUCCUGAAUGGCCGCCGAUCAUCAAAUCUGCCGCUUCUGAUCUAACUUAUGAACUGGCUGUGGUCCCGAUCACUUCAAUAAGCAUGAUGACUAAGCAUACACUAAGUUUAAAUGUGAACGAGAUUGCAGACCAGCAUCGCAAAUCUCAGAUGGUAGAAGCCUUGGAGAAAGUGGUUUCCUUAAGGUUGCUUGAUCAAUUAGCAAGCACGCCUCGAAAACAACUCUUGCCUCAUUUCGAAUUGGAACAUCCGAAAUUGCGAAGCAUGGAGUUCCAGGACUUGUUCUACCGCAGAGGCCAAGAUCUAGCUCUUUGGGAAAGUCUAUCCUACAUCGAAAAUGAUGAACAAUUUCAGAAACUCUACGCCGCCAUACACCGAGAGAAAAUAAUCACUCAAAGACUAGCCCUCUUACAGGCUAGUUUGAGUGAGCAAAAUUUGGAACUCUUACCGGAUUACGAAAACCGGUUAAAAGUCCUCAAGGAGCUCAAAUUCAUUGAUAACCGUGCCACGGUUUUGCUCAAGGGUCGCGUAGCUUGUGAAAUCAACUCAUCUCAUGAACUCAUCUUGACCGAAGUGAUACUGGACAACAUCUUAGCGGAGUUUGACCCUGCAGAAACAGUGGCUCUUCUCAGUUCAUUUGUCUUCCAAGGUAAGACUGAGAGUGAACCAUGCCUGACGCCGAAUCUCCAACGAGGAUGUGAACGGCUGGCCAAGAUCGCUGAUCGAAUCGAGGCCGUGAGUCUGAGAAACAAAGUUGCAGAUUAUGAUCAGGCCAACUCGGGGAAAGGCAGGCCUAACUUUGGGAUGGUAGAACUGGUCUGGCAGUGGGCUCAGGGCAUGCCAUUUUCAGAGUUGAUGGAAAUGAGUGAAAUCCAAGAAGGUGUAAUCGUACGGACAAUGACUCGAUUAGAUGAAUCCUGUCGAGAGGUUCGUGAUGCGGCUAGGAUCAUCGGAGAUAUUUCAUUGGGUAAAAAGAUGGAAGCCUGUCAGGCUUUGAUUCGCAGAGAUGUGGUCUUCGUUAGCAGUUUGUACAUCUGA